GAGUUCUACCAGGGUCGGCUGAGGCCCACUGGGCCCAUCUGGGCCCUGGGUUCUUGGGAUCGCCCCAAGCUUAGCUCCCCACCGGUGACCUGUCACCGGUCCCACCGGUCACGCCGACACCUCCGGAGCCUUCCAUGGCACGCUGCACGAAGUGGGACUUCCUUGAGGACGAUCCUGACUUGGAUGAGGAAGGUCAAGCGGCCUUUGCAGAAGCCUCCGAGUUGCGCGAGCAGGCCAAUGCCUUAGCUCAUCAUGCACGCAGCAAGGAGCUGCCCGCGCGGCAAGAGCUUCUCCGGGAGGCUGUGACGAUGUACGGGCGUGCCGAUGCGUUGCUGAAGCCUCGUGUGUCUACUGCGCUGGAAAAGGCGGCCGUGCCUGCUGCGUUGGCAGCGCGAGAGCUGGCGCUCCAGUGCCGAUUGAACGCUGCAUGCCUCGCCCUGGAGGCUGCCACAGUUCCUUCAACUGGGAGCAGCGGCCUGAAGAAUGCGGAGCAGGCCGAAGAGGCUUCCAGACGUCUGGCCUUGGAGGCCUUGCAGCUGGACGCGACGAACCCCCAUGCUGCGCUGCUGCUGGCGCGCUGGGGUGCGCUGCUGGAGAAGCGGGAGGCGUCCGAAGUUGCGCAAUGGCUGUCUAAAGCCAAGCGUUGGGCACAGGAGCGAAAGGAUCAGGAGGCACUGGCUCAGGCCGAGGCCCUGGACUCCCAGCUGCAUCCCCCACCCAGCUCCUGGGGCAAAGAGGCUUCGGACUGGCUGCGGAUGGGCGUCCAUCUUCUUAAGCAGGGCAAAGCUCCAGAGGCCAAGAAGCUUUUCAUGCAGACCGUGGACUAUUUGGAUCAACAGGAGGGGGGCCCUAUUGAGCUCCUGCUCUCCAGACCUCUUCGGGCGCUGGCCUUCGAUGCGCUGGAGGGGCUGAUGGAAAGCUUUGCGGCCACGGAGCAGUUUGCCGAUGCCGUGCGCUGUGGGCAGAGGGCCACCUCCUUGUUGAACUCGACCAGACCAGGAAUGCAGGUGCCCUUUGCUGAGCCGGAGCUCUCCAGGCGAGAAGGGCUUCUGCACCUUUCAAUUGGCCAUGCGGCAGAGGCCAACGGCGAGAAGGAUGCACUGCGCCACUUUCGACUUGCAGCUCAAGCUUUGCAGAGGUCGGGCUCGGAUGCGGCCUCGGAGGGCGUAGCGGUGCUGGAGCUGGGGAAGAGGCUAGUCAAGGAAUCCAAAGCAGAUCCAGAGGCCUUGGACCUGGCGGUGCCUGUGCUGGAGCAUGCCAUAUCUUGCCUGAAGCGAGCUCAGGGCAGGAUUGGCGAGGAGAAAGGCACCAAGCCCACGGAAGAGGUGUGCCAGAGGCUACGCUUCCGGGAGCUACAAGCGCAAGCAGCUCUUUGCGAGGCUUAUCAAAUCCGUGGAGACCGUCCAGAUGCUGAGGAGGUGAUUGAAGCCUCCAAGUACCUACUGCCCAAAGCCGGUGGCCUUGCGCUGGAUUGGGCGGAGCUGUGUGGCAAAUGGGCCUUCCACGCGGCCAAGGCAGGGAAGCUGGACGAAGCGGAAGAAGCCUUAAGGCUCAAGUGGAAUCUCUCAGGAGGCAAAGACACCCCUGAGAAUGCUGCGUUGGAGAUUGAGGACAAAGCUCCUUGUCCAUUUCAGCAGCGAUGCAUUCAGCUUCAACAAGAGGCUUUGCAGAGUCUGGCCCUGGUGCAGCAGAAAGCACAGAACCCUGUGGGGGUUCAGGAGUCGCUGGGUUUGCUGAGCCAAACCGGAGCGCAAGAGGGUGAGAUGGAGCGGCACUUGCAACGCCUGGCACCAGCUCCGGGAGCGUCCAAGGAAGCUUCCUGUUGCCAGAAAUACAUGAAGCACUUCGCCUUGCACAAAGGUGCAAGGCUCUGGUUGGCGUGCCUUGCUGCCGUUGCAGCGGUGUUGCUGCAGAAGACCAUGAGUGGGCAUCCGUCAGAGCAGCUGCUGAACCAGAGCGCAGGUCGUCGGCUCGCUGUGACAGCUGCCCUCAGUUCCUUGGCAGUGCCGGCAGUGGCCCAAGAAGGUGUUCCUGCGAAGGUGGGCGGUAGAGCUUCCAAGUGGUUUGGUUCCUAUGAUGAUCCCAAGCAUCCAGCCUGUGAACGCAAUGUGGUCAUUGCCUUUGACGGCACCAAGGGGAAGAUCGAUGGAUAUGACAAAAGUGGGGCCGGUGAUGAAGGACAAUUUAACUGCCGAAAGCGAAGAGAUGUGACAUAUUAUGAUUGGAGUUUGAAGGUGAAGUUGGCCAACAAAGAUGCCAAUGAGAUUGUUGUUGAAGAGACUGGGAGGGAUGUGGUGGAUCGAAAGCGCAUCAACGAAGCUCGAGAAACGGUCGGCAAAUGGGACAAAGAUGGAAUCCUUUGGCCAGAUGGCACCAAAUGGGUGCAAAGGAAGUGGGAGCGCGCCAUCGCCAUGCCGAUCUACGAACUUCAAGAUGUGAUAGUAGACGGCAAGCAGGAGAUGCAAAGAAGAUUUGAGCUUUGGCACAGGCCUGACAUCAAAACCAUCAAAGAGCUUGUGAAGAGGUCCAUUGAGAAGCAGAUUGACCUGGUUGAUGUGGCGGAUUGUCCAAGCCCAGAACGGACCUGUGCAAUUUGCUUGGAGGAACUCCAAGGUAAUGAGCAUGUGAGGCAGCUACCAUGUCAGCAUUGCUAUCACGAAGAGUGCUUGGUCACUUGGGGAGCCAGUGGAUACUUCGGAGUAUCAAACACCGCAAGACUUGCUUGUCCUCUUUGCCGGAAAGAUCAUACCAUCGAUGUCGAAGUUUGA